AUGGCCGGUUAUUCCACAACAAAAGUCACGAGCGCAGGCUUCACGACAACGCUGGCGUUCUGGUCGUCCACCGACAGCAUGGGACAGGUGUCGAUGUACCAAGAGUACGCACUGUACCGGUACUCGCCCAGCGUGCCCGGGUCGGUGGUUUUCGCCGUUCUGUUCGGGAUAGCGCUGGUGGUGGUGACAGGGCAGAUCGCGUACUUCUGCAGGAAGAGAACGGCGAUGGAGCGGACGUUGCUCGAUGGCGACAGCAGCGUGAGCAAAGAGAACCCGUUCGAAGCGGAGGAGGCGACCACUCUGGCGCCGGUCGAGCCUUGCACCAACACCAGGCUCGUGACGAAGUUCGUGCCGUUGCUGGUCGGGCUUGGGGCAGAGUGCGGAGGAUACAUCGCAAGGAUCGCGUCGAAAAGCGACGUGUUCGCGCUGGGCCCGUACGUGGCGCAAACCGUGAUGCUGUUGGUGGCCGCUGCGUUCAUGGCGGCCACGAUCUACAUGAACUUCGGUCGACUGCUGGUGGUCAUGAACGCCACGAAGGUCUCGUUCGUUCCGAUCCGGUUCAGCACCACACUUUUUGUGCUGGGUGACGUCGUGAGUAUCUUGUUGCAAGCAGCAGGGGGCGCGAUCCUGGGGACCAGCGACGACAAGGCAUUGGGUUCCAACAUCGUUAUCGGCGGCCUUGCGGUCCAGGUUCUCAUCUUUGGAUUAUUCGUCCUCACGGAGAUCCGGUUCUUGUUUCUCGCAGACAAAGUGUCGCCGCUCACCUCGCACAUCUCACGCCAAUGGAAGGUUCUCAACAUCAAUCUGUUCGUGUGCAGCAUUCUGAUUCUGAUCAGAUCCAUUAUCAGAUUGAUAGAAUUUAUUCAGGGCUACUCCGGUUACAUUAUGUCCCACGAGUGGUUUCUCUUUGUAUUCGACGGUCUGCCCAUGAUCAUGGUUGCCAUCCUGUUCAUUGGAACAUUUUCCAAGGGAAAUCUCUUCAAAGUUGAAUUUGAGUGCACGUCUAUGCUCAAGAGGCCCUACAUAUACGCUAUGCGAGAUGCUUAG